GGAACCGAGAAGAGAGACGCUGAGAGCUGCUGAGCUCGCCUCGUUACGCCCUGUUUCUGUCCACACAGCAGUGUCCAAGACUUUUAAAAUAGUUCUGAUAUAUUGCGCGAGGUGGUCUAACCGUCCAAAUGGAUCCGUUCACUGAGAAACUGUUGGAGCGGACACGGGCUCGCAGAGAAAACCUGCAGAAGAAAAUGGCAGAGAGACCAAAUGCAGCAAACAGACAGAUGGUCAAAAGGCCCAGAGAGCCACUGGCUGACACCAACAGUGUCAUCACUGAAACUGUCAUUGAUAAAGUUCCACAGGUGUCCUCCAAGCCUUCCCCCUCAAAGCGCAGGUGCUCAGGGGAAAACGUCCAGCCUGCUGCCAGCGAGGAAAUCCAGGAGCCAAUGAUGACUCGAGCUGCAGCUCCUGUUCGCUCAGAUCCUCCAACAGACAAGAAACCCCCAGCGGGCCCUGCCAGCAUUCGAUCUUCCUCCUCCUUGGAGAAGAAUUCACCCCGGCCCAUUGUACAGUCUCAGCUGGGACAGCUGGAAACUGCACAACCAGAAGCAGAAAGGAUGACUGUCAGCUCUGCUCCUGAUCCUCCAAAAAGCAGAGAAGCACAAAUGGAACCUGCCAGCUCAUCCACACAAAGGAGCAAGGAGGAUCUGGUUGAAGAUCCAGCUCCAUCUGCUCCUGGCAUGAAAUCCCGCCUACAGAGGCUAGCACAACAGAGAAAGUACUGGGAUGGCGAUGACACCUCAGAUGCAGUUGAAGACUCUACUCCUCUGUCCGAGUUGAGGAGACAAGCUGAUGCCCCACCAGCUGCUGUACCCACUGUCUCCUCAGGAACUCCACUAGGCAGAAAAGGCAGACUGGCCAAUCUGGCUGCCACUAUUGGAACCUGGGAAGAUGAUCUAAGCCAUGCUAACAUCCCCAAAGAGAAGCCUGCUCCUGCCUCUGUUCCUAAAUUUGCUGUCAGAGACGCCCCUGUGGCUGCCAGCACUAAACAGAGCACUGAAGUGACCACUUCAGCUGCAAGCAGCAAAUCCUCAUCCAGUUAUACUCAGCAGGCCGUGUGUUCUCCAGCAAAGCCAAGCCGAGUGGUUCUCCCAAGCCCUCAGAAGGCUGACAUUCCUGCAUCCAAACCCGCACUUCAGUCAGUAACCAGUCCUCAGAAGAGCUCCAACCAGGGGGUGACCUUCCCCUCUAGUCCCCAGAAGAGCUCCAUUCAAGGAAAAGCCUUCCCAUCCAUUACCCAGAAGGCAGGCCAACCCUCAUCCUCCUCAGCAUCAGUGCCUCAAAGCCCCGUUAAGAACCAGGCCCUCUCCAGAGGCCUCAACCUUACUUCCAGCCCCCUAAAGCCAGAGCUUCGUGCCAAGCCAACCAUUGCUGGUUCCUCAGCCCCCCAGGAUAAGGCCACGCCUGGAGGUCCUGGUGUAAAAUCUUUCCUGGAGCGCUUUGGAGAGAGAUGUCAGGAGCGCAACAAUCACGGCUCCCCGUCCGGAGUCACAACCCAAACCAAGACUCCUACCGUAACCCCAUCAGUCACACCAAACACCAGACUGGUGCAGGAAAGACUCCGAGCUGCCCAGUCUGCAAACACCACCAGUGCUGAUCUCACUCAGAGACAGAAGCUGGAGCGUGAGUCUGAGCUGGCUCAGAUUCGCAAUCGCUUCCAGAAGGGCAACAAUAUGUGGAAAAAUAAAGAUGAAGGGGCAGAAACCAAGACAAAUACAAACCACAAGGAACAGCUUGACAAGCCUGUGGAAUGUGAAGCUGCCUCAUGUGAGCCACAGGAUGAACCCACAGCACCAUCCAGUGAGAGAGCAGAAACACCCACCAAGUGCAGUCCUUCAGCAGGUCAUGGGUUGCUGGUUUCACCUCCAGCCUCAACAUCCAGCCCUCUGAAGGUGGUCACCCAGACCGAUGAAACUCCCAAGGAAGAAGAAAAGGAGGUGGUCACGGAGACAGAGAUGAAUGUGGACCAGUCCAUCAACUCCGCCGUCAUCAACGAGCUCUUUGAUGGAGUCCUGGAGCAGAGUGAAGAUGAGGAUGAUGAAGAUGAGGAGGAAGAUGCUUUGAAUAUCUCCUCCAUGUCCCUCCUCACUCCACUGGCUGAGACUGUGGCCGCUGUGGUGAAGAGUCCAGAGAGGAGGAUGAUGACGUCGACUCCAGCCAGCUCAUUCAUUGUGAAGAACAACAAUCCAGACAUUGUUUCCAAACCUAGCAAGUUCCAGCGGGCUAACAUGAUACGGACUGCCUCCUCAGAUAGUGUUGAGGCCUUAGACGAGGACCACAAACUGCCCUAUAGCAUCGACGCAUACAGGUCAACCAGGGUGAAGGAGACCGAGAGGCCCAGUGUGAAGCAGGUUAUUGUGAGAAAAGAGGAUGUCUCUCACAGAGCAGAGGAGCCACGAGGAUCCAGUCUCUUCAGCAUCAAACAGAAGAUGAAGGUCCUGACGAAUGAGAUGAACCUACAGCAGACAGUUAUCCAUCAGGCCAGCCAGGCCCUCAACUGCUGCACAGAUGAAGAGCAUGGCAAAGGAUCCCAGGUGGAGGCUGAAGCAGAGAGGCUGCUGUUGGUGGCAACGGAGAGGAGGGAAGCAUUGAAAGCAGAGCUGGACCGUCUGAAAGGGGACCCAGCAGGACAAAAGAAGGUCACUGCAACCCCCCUACCUACCAACAUGUCAGCCUCCAAGGGCUCCAUCAGCCUGCAAGAGUUACGUUUGCCUCUCAAGGCAGACUUCGUUUGCUCCACUGCCAACAAACCAGAGUCAACUAAACAUUCCUUCUUCAUCAUGCUUCGUGCUGGAGCAGAGAACACUGUGGCCACCCCAUUAGCCAGUACACAUCGUGGCCUCAGUGGAGACACCCUCACCUUCCCCACCAAGUUCACCAUAUCUGACGUCUCCAGCGACUUUGAAAUAGAUAUAGAAGUCUACUGUUUGGUGCAGAAACAUGAGGUCUGUGGUGACAAGAAGAAGAAACCCAACAAGUCAAAGGCUAUCACACCAAAGAGAUUCCUUGCCAUCACGAAAAGUGUGCAGACACCAGUAGUGGCCAGUCCAGGAGGCCCCAAUGCUGUUCGCACCAGUAACUUUGUCCUGGUUGGAUCACACAAGCUCACUCUGUCAUCUAUUGGGAAAAACAAAUUCUCUUUGGAAAAGAUCAAAUAUGAAGGAAGUGAAAGAGAACUACUCAGUGGCAUGUUUCAUAAAAAGGUGCCAUUCCUGUGCCCUCUGGAGGGCCACAUCUACCUCAAGAUGCAGUGUGAAGUGGGUUCCAAGGUGGAGGAGAGGGGCUUCCUGACAAUGUUUGAAGAUGUCAGUGGGUUUGGAGCUUGGCACAGAAGAUGGUGUGUGCUGUCAGGAUACUGCAUCUCCUACUGGACCUACCCAGAUGAUGAGAAGCGAAAGAAUCCCAUUGGUCGCAUCAACCUUGCAAACUGUACCAGCAAGAUGGUGGAACCAGCCAACAGAGAGUUUUGUGCCAGACCGAACACAUUUGAGCUCAUCACAGUCAGACCACAACGAGAGGACGACAAGGAAACACUAGUCAGUCAGUGCAAGAACACCAUGUGUGUCACCAAAAACUGGCUGAGUGCUGACACUAAGGACGAGAGGAAUUUGUGGAUGAAGAAGCUGAACCAGAUUCUGGUGGAUCUGCGAAUGUGGCAACCAGACGCCUGUUACAGGCCACUGUAAUCACUGCCCUCCAUCGCAGCCAGCCUUUCUAUCCUUUGGACUGUCAAUAUCAGUGAUACAUGCAAUUACUAAGUGCAAUACAGUAUGACAAUUGUUAGAUAUUUUUGCUUGUGGACAUUUGACAGGAGAUGAAUAAUCAAACCCAUAAGUUAAAGGUCGGAGGACGUAAAUAAAGCCAUAUAUCUGGGACAUUUCAGUACAGUGUUUUUGAGUAGGAGUUCGGCUUUGGCACUAUAUUUUAUACAUUUCCAGUCUGAUUUGUUACGCUAAUGUUUUUGAGUAUUGUUGAGAUGCCACCUUUUUAUAUUAAUGCCAAUAUUAAGUGUGCUUGACACAUGACGCAUGGCUUUAAAUAACUUGGUUUCAGAGCUGAAAUCAAUAUAUUAAUGGUGUUUAUGCUACAGAUGAAUACUAAGUUGAAGCACCACAGUUUUAUCAUAUUUUAUUUUGCAUGACAGCACUGGACAGUACUGAACAGUACUGAACCAUUUGGUAAGUUUAUACUUUAUAUGUUAGCUUUUAGCUAAUAGCUUUUAUUGUGGCAGGACUUUAAUAUUCUUCGAUGCCAUGCACAGAUUUUUGACACCAUUUAUAUGCCAGGGUUUGUUCUAUUUGCAAUGUUUGUGUAAGUGCUUCAGAGUGGAGAGUUUUGGGGUAAAGUGGGUGAAGUCUGUAACAUAUUCUGAAGUCUGACCAACACAUUUUUGAACCAGUACUGAUUGCUGUGUGAAUAUCUGAUAAGCACAUACUGGCCAUUUAGUCAGUAUUUAUGUUUCUUUAACAUAAAUGCAUAACAUGAACACUCCAUGUCUGAUAUAAAAACGUGGCUCAUCUACACAAAGGAAGCAGUUUUGCAUUUCUAUUGGCUUUUCUGGUGUGUGAAGUACUGGUCACCAAACUGAAGAGCUUUACCUGCUUAUUGGCUCAGAGCCUUAAAAUAAAAAUGUCAGGCUCACGUAUCUUGUGCUGAUUUAGGUCUUUUUUUUUUUUUUUUAAAGAUUCUUGUACUUUUAGCUGCGUGUUAAGCAGUAAUAUCUGAAAUCUAUGGUGUUGCAGCAGAUAAAAAUGACAGACCACAUAUGAGGCUUCUGAGGUGUUUCCCUUGUGUUGUGUACGGAGAGUGUGUCACAGACUUUACUGCAGGUGUUGGUCGAUGUUUUCAUUCAUGUCUGCAUAAAAGAUGGCGCUUUUUCAUCCUGCUGAUAAUGAAUACAAAAUGAAAGAACUAUAGAAGAUGUCUUUUUUUUCCAGAACAAUGAGCAGGGACUAUAUAUAUAUUUGUGUUUUCAUCAGAUGCUUGAACACACUUGUCAGUUUGUCAGGUAUUUGUGGAUCAGUGAGAUGACAAUAAAUGUCUGCUUUGACUAAAACGGCCGAGGCUACAAAUACA